AUGGCCUACAUUCAUCUCUUCACAACCCAUAUUUUUAUAGUACUAUUUUUCUUGUUAUUCGAUAUCUACACCAACACCACCUCUGCUGCGGAAAAUGGAACUUCCGAAGGGGCACGGACUUCGACCAUCCCCAUCGGUGUAGUUCUCGACAUGAACUCGCCUAUGGGAUCCAUGGUGGAUCCGUGCAUUAAAAUGGCGGUUGAAGAUUUUUACGAAAAACAUCCAAAUUAUGCAACGAGGUUGCAACUGCACACUAGACAUGCAGACACUAUACUUGAUGCUAACUUUGCAGUUGUAGAGCUACUGAAGCAAGAGGUCGUGCAAGGAGUCAUAGGACCAGAAAGUUCAACAGAAGAUGCAUUCUUUGCUGAACUCGGCAAAAAUGUUCGCGUUCCUGUUAUCUCAUUCACUUCAAGUAGUAAGGCUACUUCCUAUACAAACAACCACUACUUGGUCAGGACUACCCCUGACGACACCGUGCAAGCGCAAGCUCUGACAGCCAUUUGCAAGGAGUUCCAGUGGUCGGAAUUGGCUGUUUUGUAUGAAGACACAGAUUAUGGCAGUCAGUUUGUGUCUCUUUUAAACAAGGAAUUCCAAAAGGCUGAUAUUGAACUUUCAUACAUGGUGGCUAUCCCGAAUUCUGCUGAUGAUAGAGAUAUCUUGAAAGAACUCAACAAGUUAGCAACAAGGCAGAGACGUGUCUUCUUGGUGAUCAUGAACGUCUAUCUUGGAAACCGGUUAUUCCCUCUUGCUAAAAAAGCAGGGGUCAUGAGUGAAGGGUAUGCAUGGAUCAUCUCGAAUAGUCUAUCAAUUUUCAUGGAUUCCAUGGAUUUCGCUACCCAUGAUUCUAUGGAAGGUGUUAUUGGCAUUAGACCUUACUUGUCGCGCUCAAAAGACCUUGAUAGUUUCCGAAGAAGAUGGAAAAGAAAUCUACCUUUGCGCAGCACUACCGGUUCAGUUAUGGAACUAAAUGCUUAUGGUCUGUGGGCUUACGAUGCGGUCACUGCAUUAGCAUUUGCAGUGGAAAAGAUAAAUUCUUCCAUAAUAAAUAUUAGUGCAACCACAAAUGGAACACAUAAAAAUUUGAGUGUCUCAACAUUUGGGCCUGAACUUGUUAAGAAACUGUCAAACAUCAAAUUUAGAGGCUUGAGUGGGGAAUUUGAACUGGUUGAUGGAAAGCUUAAGGCGUCCGAGUUUGAGAUAUUCAAUGUGAUUGGAAGUGGAGAGAAAACUGUAGGAUUUUGGAUACCAAACAGAGGAAUAGUAAGAGAUAUUAGCACACAUUACUCAGCAUCAGCAGAUGAACUCAAAAGUAUUGUGUGGCCUGGAGAUUCUCUUACACGACCAAUCGGUUGGGCUAUUCCUUCGUCCGGGAAACUCAGAGUUGGAAUUCCUUGGAAGCAUGGUUUCGGAGAGUUUGUUGAUGCAAUAGAUCUUGGAGAUGGCCAUGUAAAAGCAUCUGGAUUUUCAAUAGAUAUUUUCUUGGCUGCCCGAGAGGUGCUACCCUUUCACCUCAAUUAUGAGUUCCGUAUCUACAAUGAUACCCGAGAUGUCAAUUGGAGCUACAACGACAUGCUAAGAAAGAUACCUGAGGAAUUCGAUAUGGUGGUGGGAGACACGACGAAUUGGGCUCCAAGGGCAGAAUAUGUUGAUUUCUCACUCCCAUAUUCUGAAUCAGGAGUUGUGCUAGUGGUCAAAAACAGGAAGCCAUUCGACAUGUGGAUUUUCGUUAAGCCCUUAAAUUGGGAUCUCUGGUUGGCGAUCAUCGUGUCGUGCAUUGUGAUGGGAAUAGUUCUUCUCGUAUUGGAACACCGUGUUACUAGUAGUGAAGUAGAUUCCGCGAUGGCGCCAAAGGAGAAGUCUGGAGUGGUUUGUUUUUUUCCAAUAGCAGUUCUUGCUUUCCCUGAAAGAAAUAUGGUGUCAAAUGGCUGGUCUUCUUUUGUGUUAGUAUUUUGGCUGUUCAUGGGGUUCAUACUAAUGCAGAGCUACACGGCAAACUUGUCAGCUAUUCUGACAAUCGAUCAAUUGAAGUUUGCAUUUUCAGAUAAUUACCACGUGGGAUGCCAGGAUGGAUCCUUCAUGAAAAAAUAUCUGAUUGAUCAUCUACAUAUUAGUGCUUCAAGGCUGAAGGCUUAUGCGUCAGCCGAAGAAUACCAUGAAGCGAUGAAAUUGGGAAGCGAAAAUGGAGGCAUAGACGCCAUAUUUGAUGAAAUCCCUUACAUGAAACUUUUUCUCAACAAAUACGACAACAAAUACACAAUGGCCGGACCAACAUACCGGAUGGGUGGCUUUGGCUUUGCAUUUCCCAAGGGCUCUUCUUUGGCUGCUCAUUUCUCAAAGGCCAUUUUGGAUGUUACUCAAGGCUCAAACAUGACAGCGAUAGAGCAAAAGAAUUUCGGCCCCGGAUACUCUUCCCAAGAUCCGCUUUCCUCAAGGAUCUCACAAGGAACCUCCAGUCUUACUUUCUUUGAGUUUGCAGGGCUGUUCAUAAUAAUAGGAUCAGUAACUGGAUUAGCUCUGGUUUGCUCGGAAACACCAAUUGGACGAAAACUGACCACCAAUGUCAGCCAGUUUGUACAUAACUGCAUCGAUUUUAUCGUACACAAGUGCAUCAAUUUUAGGAGUUCAUCAAGACUUAAUCCUGUUGUGGAUUCUACUAGUGUUGCCGGAGAAUCAACCGAAGGUGUGGCAGAGGUUGAUAAUGAACCAGAUGGUGUGGCAGAGGUUGAGAAUGAAGCAGUGCAAGAUAAUGUGGUCAUUCAUCCUCCCCCUCAAAAUGGUGAGGUAGAAAUACAAGAAAUAACUCGUAGUAAUGGGGAGAAUAAUCAAAGUGUAUAAACCUUUCUAUUGUCUUUCAGAAUUUGUUUUUGGAUGCUGUUGUGUAAGAAACACAGUGGAUAUUCAAAAUGUAACUAUAUGUUUGUAACUGUCCCUUAA